CAGUUAACAAAGAAACAGCCUUCUUCUCAACUCCAGUUGUUUUAAUCUGUAGCUUUUUUUUUUCUCAGUGUAAAAAAGUACGUAUUUAGUUGCAAUCUGUAACAUUAACCUCAUUUGAAUACUUUGAUUCCCUUCUGAUUUUCUUUCCUGAUUUAGUCCAAGGACUCCUCGUGACUUUCCAGACACAAUCACAUUCUAGACAGCAAACAGAUUAUGAAGGGAAAAUGGAGAGUUUGUUUGGCAGGGCCAGUAAUGAGGUGGCUAAAUGCCAGCUGGUCGCAAAACCAUUUUAGUCCAAUAUGAUCAACCCAGCCACACACACACAAUGCCUCUCUUGUGUUAGUGUAAAUUUCUCUCAACACACAGGGCUAUUGUGCUGUUCAUCAACAGCCCUGGAGAUUAUUUUAGAUUGUUUGGAUGAUAGAUCAGUGCAGUGUCCUUUUAUACUUUCUGGACAUGAUAUAAGUGAUGGUAUGGUUUUUGUAUACUACUAUGAUGAUAAUACCAUGGUAUUAUUAUAGUAAAUAUAUUAAUCAUACAGUACCGUGGUAUUAUGUUAUCACUAUAAAGCACAUCACUGAAAUGCAGUGGGCAAAAUGCUAAUGAAAUUUUUUUUUUUUUUUUUUGUGUGUGUGCGUGUGGUUAAAAUAUAAUGACUCCUAUCCAUUUUCUUUCACAGGCAGAUCAUAAUCAUCAAAAUCACAACUCUGCUUGUGCUCAGCCACUCAUUGGACCUGAUGAAUCAGUCUCUGAUCUUGGAGCCGUGAUAGACCCUGAUCAGAGGUGGGGCAGAGAAGAUGAUUUAGACCAGAGCAAGUUGCUUCCUGAGCAAACAGACAGCGGUUACUAUGAAGAGCUCAUCAGGCCCAAAAAGCUCCACAAUCCCAUCAAAGCGUCCAAGAGCCACCGGGAGCUCCAGCGAGAGCUGAUUAUUACACACAAAAGACUUAUUUUAUCUAUCAGAGGAGCAGUUGUGGAGGAGAAGCCGGAGUUACAGAGAGUUCUGGAAAAGAGAAACAGAGCUCAAGUUCUGAAACAAGACAGAAAACAGGAGGAGGAGAAAUCGCCACUGGAGCAGGAGUUACUGAAGAGACAGAUGAGGUUAGAGAAGUUUGAGAGAGAGGUCGAAGAGCAGAGAGAAAGGACAAAGUGUGCGCCUGAGUUCAUCAGGGUCAAAGAGAGUCUAAAGAGGACGGCGAUCACAAGUGCUGUGGAGAAAGAGCUGUAAUCACACAUUACAUUACUUCACUGAUCUACAUGAGUGUUGAUACUCCUCCAGCUGCUGAUUCAAACAGUUUUAUUUAGAAAAGCUUGGGGUUUGGAAUUUGAACGCGAUCACAGAAUGUGAAAAACCUGUUGACAAGGAAAAGAAUGUUGAAAAUGUAGACUUAUGUUCUGUCAUAUUAAGCACUUGUAAUGGUCGAGUAAGAUUUCAGCUUAAUUGCUGAUUACAUGGCUGUAAUUUGCACCAGAUAUAGAAACACACAAGAACAGAAUAACUCCAGAAUACUGGAACUGUAUCUAGUGUUUAAGUAUAGAAAUGAUUGGUCUGCCUUAUUUAUAGAUUAUAUACUUUUAUGAACUGACAGCAAUUCUUUCCACUUUUUCUACAUUUAUGGUUCAAAUCAUUUGGUAUGUUCACAAAUGCAUACUAGUUUCAGAUAUCAAGCACUAGUACAUUUAACAAAAUGGGUAGUACAAAAAAAAGGACACUGUAUCCCAUAAUUCAAUGUUUUAGACCUAAUUUUCCUUUUUUUCAUCUCUUUUUUUUGACUCACUAUUUGAUUGGGCAGGCAUAGCACUUUUUUUUCCAACAAAAUUAUCACAAAAAAUUUCAAAAUUAUCUUUUACAAUUAAGAUAUUGUUGAUUUAGACUUCUUGUAUAAGUGAAUUUUUUAUUUAAAGAAAUAGAUGUUUUCUUCAUUGCAGAUUUGGAUAGAUUUAGUAUUAUAUCACUUGCGCACCAGUUGAUCCUCUGCAGUGAAUGGGUGCCAUCUGAAUGAGAGUCACAACUCCAGUCCAUCAAUUAGUCCCUGUGCAGUGAAAAGCUGUGUGUUUGUAUCAAACAAAUCCAUCAUUAAGA